GGGCCCUCUAGUGGAGGAAAUGCAGCUCUGCGUGUGGCCCCGUUGUGUUUCAUUAACCCGUGCCUGACCACAAGAGCUGGAACUUCGUUCAGGGUCGAAACAACCGAUGUGAAGAUCCUCAAAACAUGCAAACAUCAUCUGAGGGUGUUUCACAGGAAUGGAGAUACUGAAAGUGUAUGAAGAGUCACUCGAGGUCACUGCGGCUGGCUGUAAGAAAUGCAGGUGAAGUAAACACUCUCAGGGCAAGUGUGUGUGUGUUUGAGUGAAUCUACUUUACAUGAUGGACACUUUUGAAGGAAUCCAUCGUGUGCAGCUCUCCUCCUCUCCUCCAGCACGCUCCAGGUCUGUUCCAGGGUACGAGCUGCUGGUGGCAGGGAAUUCUGGGAUAGCAGUAUACUCAUCAGCUACGUUCUUCGGCAAUGGUGAUCUUACGGAUCAGCAUACGGCAGAGGAAGAGAGAUGCCCGGUCGGGAGAUUGGUCGACCUGGAUCCAGAGCCGAGCCCCAGAUUGGGGGGUGAUGGGGGGCAGGGGAAGAAGAUGCCCCCGGAGGAGGCAGGAGCGCAUAGACGAGAGACGUACGACAUGUCCCGUCUUCGGAGUUCCUCUCUGGAGAUCAAGGAGAAGGGAACAGAAUUCCUCAGAGAGCAGCUGGAUGCUGCACAAAAGGAGCUGAAGUUGAAAGACGAGGAGUGUGUCAGACUGUCUCAUGUCAGGAAUCAGCUCGAGCAGGAAUUGGAGGAACUGACUGCCAGUCUGUUUGAGGAGGCCCAUAAGAUGGUGCGAGAGGCCAACGUGAAGCAAGCGGCCGCUGAGAAGCAGCUGAAGGAGGCGCAGGGCAAGAUUGACGUCUUGCAGGCGGAGGUCUCUGCUCUGAAGACCCUGGUGUUGACCUCUACGCCCUCCUCCCCGAACCGCCAGCUCCAUCCUCAGCUGCUGUCUCCGGGCUCCAGCCGGACCCGAGGCCACACGCGCAACAAGAGUGCCAGCGGUGCCCUACAGCUGCACACGGAGCCGGUGACGACUGAUGUCGCGGCAAACCGGGAGGACAGAGAGCUGGACUCGGUGUUGUUUGCCGAGUUCCUCUCGUGGAAGGAGGCGCCUGGUCUGGAUCGCUCCUCUGCGUUCAUCAGCAGGGUGUACAGGGAAGAUAUCGGACCCUGCCUGUCAUUCACAUGCGCUGAGUUGUCUCAGUCUGUCCAGCGCGCGGUGGAGAACAACUCUCUCACCAUCGAGCCGGUUGCGAUGUCGUCGCUGCCCACGGUCAAAGCCAUCGAAUGUGGAGGACCCAACGGUUGCCGGACACCCAUAGAAACUAAGUGUGCGUUGAGCGGUAUGUCCCGCCCCUGCCGACAUCGCAUCAAACUGGGAGAUAAAGAGAAUUACUACUAUAUAUCUCCGUCUAGCAGAGCACGGAUCACAGCGGUGUGUAACUUCUUCACUUACAUCAGGUACAUCCAGCAGGGCCUCGUCAGACAAGAUGUUCAGCAGAUGUUUUGGGAAGUGAUGCGUCUGCGGAGAGAGAUGAGUGUGGCCAAACUGGGAUAUUUCCUGACGGAAGAGAGCUAGAGAACCAGAAAACACAAACACAGAAACACAGCAACAGCACGGUCAUCUCAACAUUCACCCAAACACUCCCAUGAUGCCGUUUAUAGCUACAUAUUCAUGUAUGUUUCCAGUGAAGCACUACAGAAGAAUUCCCAGAAUACCUCCAUCCUCUGAGCCAAUGGAAUAACAGCAUUACGGUUCUGCUGUCGACAGGUUUUGUGUUUUUUUUCGCUUUCGGAAGGACUGAACGCAGUAAAUGUGUCACUUAAACAUCUGUAAGACAUUUAUAUUUGCAAAGAAAUUCAGAGUCAUCCAUUAAACACACAAUGGCAAAUAGUCAAACCUUAGAUGUUUUCAUUUUUAGAAACAGUGACAGACGAAAAUUAGUCAAAUCUUAAACAGUUUGACAGAAUUCUAGAAAGAUAGUAAAAUAACUGGCUUGUAUUUGUCUGUUCUUCCAAAACAGUUCUGCAAAUAUGUUAAUGAUUAAUACUAGUUGGAAUCUCAUUAUUACGAUAAUUCCACCAAUAGAAUCAGUUCUGGAAUUCUAAGGCUGUUCUAGAACUUCAUAUGAAGGUACUGCAGAUAUCACAUUUUUGAACACUAUCUUGAAUGUGCAAUGCACAUAUAACACUACAGCGCUUUCUGUCCCAGCAUGCUUAGUGCAUCAGUGAUUUCUGUGCACAGUAACGGUUUACAGCUUUGAUGGACAAUCCUCCAGAGAUCUUUUCUAUGCAACCUCCUUAAAGUGCCAUGAAAUGUGAGUCUGUUACGGACACUCCUGCACACAUUAUGGAAGCUAAACCAUCUUAAUCACUCCAUAUUAUUCCCCUGUAGAUAUUAACUGUUGCUUGAUUGACAAUCGCUGUCUUACUGCACAAAUACAGUGUUUACAGUGACUUUAUGGACCGUAGAUGCCAUAUUUAAUUUGAUGCGAGUGAAAACAUGCUUCAGUCUUGUUUUUUUUUUUCAACUGGAAACGUUUUGCAAAUAUAUUUGCAGUGUUUUGUCAGCCUUGUUUUCAUUCGUGACUCAUUAAAUAUGGCAUCUGCCCUCAGGUCCAUUGCUUCAGUGCCAUUGCGUGUAAGUUGAACUGCCUCGUCAUGUUAAAUAUGACCUUGUGUGUUUUCAGUCUAUUAAAAGCAUCUUCAGAAUAUGAA